UCUUCUCUUAGCAGCAUCCACAAGUAGUUGGGAAAAGUGUUAUUUACCUGAUUUUCUUUCGACUGGAAUAUUUUAGCUUUAAUAUUGUAGAAUUUUAGGUUGAUAAUGGCAGAUAAGGCAGCAACGGAUAAGGUUCAGACUUACAAAGACAAUUUGCUUACAAAGGCAGAGGAACUUAUACUGAAAGGAUUUCCCGCUAAGAUACUGCAAUUGAACCAACUCCUAGAGACGCCACAGUUUAACCAAAAGGACAUGAACAAAGUUCAUCAAGAUCUUAACAUUCCCGUACCUGAACCCAUUACAUUGAACAAUAGUCACAUGGAACCAGUGUCCAAGAAGGCCAAGCUAGAACUGAACUGUGUCAAUGAUGUUGGUGGUACCAAGGUGUUUGCAUUACCUAAUGGAACAGUCCCGUCCAACCAGACACUGUCCGAACUCAUCCACACCGUCAAACCUCAUAUCAAACAGCUAGUGGAAGACACAAACUUGCUCAAAAUGUGGAUCUCGUUCCUUAUUCCUAAAAUAGAAGACGGCAACAACUUCGGAGUUUCAGUUCAAGAAGACACCCUUGCGGAGAUACAGUCAGUGGAAAGUGAAGCUGCCGCUUUCUUCGAUCAGAUUUCUAGAUAUUACGCGUCAAGAGCGAAAGUGAUAUCAAAGGUAGCCAAGUAUCCUCACAUAGAAGACUACAGAAGAGCGGUCAAGGAGCUGGAUGAGAAGGAAUACCUCAGUCUGUGGCUGGUCAUGUGUGAGAUACGUAACAGAUACUGCACACUGCACGACAUUGUACUCAAGAACAUCGAGAAACUCAAGAAACCUCGCUCUUGCAACUCUGAAUCCUUAUACUAAACCUGUUUGUUCUCAAACUAUUCCAUUUUGUGAUCUACGAUUAAACCUAGAGUGACUAGUUUGUUUAUAA